AUGAUUUAUGACCAUAUUAUUUUAGUUUCGGAAUUUGAGAGCAUCUCUUGGGGACAAUUUUACGGAAUCAUACAUUAAUCUUCCUAAUCACGAUGGGUUCAAUCGGCGCAGAGGAUGUCAACCCGAGAGUCAUUGCGGAAGCAGAAAAGCUCCUGCUAAGUCUUAAAACCCACAAUGGUGGCGCUAAGGAUCAAGCAAAGGCUCUCCGGCAUCUUGAGAAGUUGCGCUGUAUGAUCCAUACCGGUUUCGAUGCCCUGUUGUUCCACGCUCAGCCGUUUCAAAUUCUGCCCGCAGUCAAUGUCUUGAUUGAGCAUGGCGUGUUCGAUGCUGUACCUCCAGAAGGCAAGAUGUCGAUUGAAGACAUUGCUUCGAAAGUGAAGCUGGAUGCCACAAUUCUGAACAGAUUCAUUCGCAUCCUUCUCACUCAAGGUAUCUUCGCCGAAACCUCUCCCAGAGUCAUUGCACACACGCCAGCGUCAUCCAUCUUCCGCAGCGACCAAGCAGCAGACUUCUACCGACUAGGAAUGACGCAAUUUCCUCAAUGGUGGAAAGUGUCCGACUAUCUCAAAGUCCACUCCGCAAGCGACGCAUACGAUGCCACCAAAGUCCCCUACGUCUGGGCACAAGGCAAAGAAGGUAAAACAUACUACGAGGCUAUGGAAGAGGACCCCAUCGUAGCGGACGCAUGGCACAAGGGGAUGGUCAUGAUCGAGUCGAUGCAGCCUGUGACGGGGAUGUUCCCAUUCCGAUCGAUGCUCGAAGAAAUCGAUGUAGACAAAAAGCGGGCUUUUGUCGUAGAUGUCGGCGGGGGAAGAGGCAAUGCGCUUGUGGCGAUCAUGGCGGAGUGUGGUGCUAGUGUGGCGGGGAGGAUGGUGUUGCAGGAUGUGGCUGAGGUUCUGGAGGGCAAAAGUCCGGUGCGGAUCGAUGGAGUGCAGAUCAUGCCGCAUAACUUCUACGAUCCACAGCCGGUGAAGAAUGCGCACGUCUACUACCUGCGUAACGUGCUGCAUAAUCACUACGAUGUUCUAAGCGAAAUUAUUCUGCGACAAAUCGUCGGUGCUAUGGAACCAGAUUCUCGGGUGCUGAUUGGCGAAAUGAUUUUGCCAUCGACCGUGACUGCAGGGUCAGACCCCAUGCCUUACUUCAUGGACCUCAACAUGUUUAUGGAGGGAGGGAUCGAGAGGACAGAGGAGCAGUGGAUUGAGCUACUUGAUGCAGUUGGACUGGAAAUUGUGAAGAUCUGGCGGUUAACAGUCAACCCGGUUCAAGCGACGAUUGAGGCGCGCUUGAAAGGUUGAUAGUGGCAUGCAUCGCUUAUGACGAUUUAUCACGAAUGAUAAGAGCAUGACUGGUGAAGUUGAGUACUAGAGAUUGAAAUGAAACGUAGGAGUUCAAUAUUUUGAAUUGAUCUCUAUGUAUUGCCGUUCACUGUAGGCUAUAUGAAGCUUGGCUACAUGCUCGUGUAGAACAAGUGGCGCCUCUCUUUGCCAUGAACCCUCCCUUUCAGUAUUCUGUGUCUGCUCAAGAUCGAUGGCACGUACUUGAUGACGUUUUUCAGCUGGAAGCAGACGCAAAAGGCCAGCCGUUGAGGUCG